GCACCGCACUUUCUCCAUUGUUUUGUGAAAACGUCGAUCCAGUGCGGUGGAAGAGGUGAAAGUGCGUGGAAGCAGCUGGUGGAAGAGAUUGCCUGGAAGAAACGUCAAAUUUUUAUCACUGGCACUUUCCUCAUUGAAUUAUUCGUCAUCCACUGCUGUGAUUUUAGAUUGCGUUGCCCUCGAUUUCAUUAGGAAGAUAUUGGUAGAAGCAAUAGGUAAUUGACAUCAAUUUUCAUCCUCUGCUGGUGACGAGAGAUCGAAAUUGCGGGAAGAGAAUCGCCGUUUAUUGCCCUUUGUCUUGACCCAGUGCGUAGAUUGGAAAAAGGGGGCGUCAACUCUCUGACUGGUAAGGAAGAUGUCUUCGAAUCCAUUCGAAGAACCGGACGAUGCCAAACCAGGGGGAUUCCUGCUGGGUCACUCGGACGACGACUCGGUAAUCCUGGAAGGUUUUCUGUGUCCGAUCUGCAAGGCGGAUUUGAAGACACCGGAACGUUUGACGGCCCAUGUCGAGCAGCAGCACUCGGAGGAGCAGGAUCUCCUGAAGUCGCUGAAGGAGAUGUUCAGCUUUGCCAAGAAGAAAAUCCUCAACCUGGACGAAACGGCGACGGAUUUGGCGCGGAGUUUGGACAGUUCCCUGCAGGUGGUCGGGAAGCAGGAGCGGGCGGUGGCGGUGGUAAAUCCAAUUUUGGCGUGGGUGGACCAGCAAUCGGUGGGGACGGAUUGUGACCAUUUGAGCUACUUUAAGGCGGUGAGGAAUCCGAGGCUGGAACGGUAUGCUUCCGAGACGAAUAAGUUGAUCAUAAGACUGGACAAAUUGCUGGACGGAUUGCCGAGCGAGAUGGACGCCCGGAAGAAGCACGAACAGAGCAAGGUUCCGUGGAUCGAUGGCAAGUUGGUGAAGCUGUGUCCGAGCUGUGCGAAAAGCUUUGGCUUGACCAGGAGGCAACAUCACUGUCGGGUUUGCGGAUCAGUUAUGUGCGACGGAUGUUCCUUUCAUUUAUCCUUCGAGGAAGCCCGGGCCAUUGUGCAGCCGGUCAGUCCGGGGCCAGCGAGGGCUACUUCUUCGGUGGCGGAUGAACCAACCAAAGAUCACGAAUCGUCCGGAUUCCGGGUUUGCGAGCACUGUUUACACCUGCUGAUGAAUCGCAAGGAGAUGCAAGACUCACGGUCGGAUCGACCACUGAUCACCAAAUUGUACGACCGAUUGCUGCAGGAGAAAAAGGACAUCGAACCGCACAUUCCCAUGUACUCGAAGAUCAUCGGAAGCCUCUACGAGGGCGAUGCCAUCUAUCGGCUGUCGGAUGCGAGUGCCCUGCGAGAGAAGAUUGGAAGGGCGGCGGAACGGAUCGAUAACAUUAGCAAAACGGUUUUGGCCAUUCCGUUCGUGCAGGGAAGUCGCGAGGAAGCGCUGAAGAAGGCGAUCCGACUGUCGUGCAUCACCUUCAUCAAGGAACGCAUGCUGUCGAUUCCUCCGCUUCCCGUGGAAGAGGAGAUCAAGAAGAUUCAGCUACGGAAGAAGCAGGAGACGGCGCGAAGGAUUGAGAGGGAGCGAAGACUGGCGCUGGAGGCGUACGAGCGGUAUGAACUGGAAUCCGGAACGGCCACCGGAAACUAUAACGGCAGUUCCAGCUCCAGUACGGCUUCCACGGCGGAAAUGACGAACGGGAGGUUCUAUGGCCCCACAACGGUGGCCGGUUCGGACAAUUGGAGCGGUUAUCAAGCCUCAGCAGUGGCCCUUUCGAGUAGUGCCGAUCCACUGAUCGAUCAGAUCAACAUCGUCAAAGGAUACAUUAAGCAAGCGAGGGAAGCGUUGAGGUUCGAGGAGGUCGAAACGCUGGAGCGCAAUUUGAGCGAACUGACGCAGGAGUUUUACGAGAGACAGCGAAGGGCGUCGGCGGAAGCGAGUUCCAGUGGCCAGUAGGAGAGACAUGCUAGGUAGGACAAAACAAUAGUCUUUCAAUUUCAGUGGAAUCCAAAUAAAUUUGGUUUUGAACUGUGUAGGGA